UAAACAUUAGCUGUUAAAUAAAGGAUAAUCAUGCUACAAUCCACAGACUUAGAGAGGCUAAGUAACAAGGAGGGCUCAAGGGAGGCAGGAACACAGGAUUUCCCUAGAAGGGGGAAAUAGAAUAGAUUUUGCAAGUUGACUGGGGCAAUUUUUUUUUCAAAAAGAAAGGACUCUUAACAAGACUGUUUAAAGUGGAAUGGAUGAAAAUACUAAUUAGCAAAUUUACCAUCUGAAUGGAAUUUCCAAUUCCUAUCAUUUAAACAAUAAAAGUAAAUAUUUACCUACCGCCACCGGAAGCUGCAUGGUAUUGGCAACUGUUUCACCAUGUGAAACCUAAUUGUAUUUAGAGACAAUGCGUUGUUUACACAUGUAAGUGAAUGACUGAAGUCACUUUUAAAAAUGAACUUCAGAGAGUGUGUAAAAUUGAUGUUAGGAAAUUCUUAUAUAAAAUGGUAUGCUAUUUAUUGGCAAAUGAACAAAAAAGUGAGCUGGAGAGACAGCCCAGCGAUAGAGCACUGGCCUAGAAUUUGUGAAUGAGGCUCUGGGUUCAAUCACCAAAAUUGCAAAAAAGGGAAAGGAAAAACUAUUACAAAGAUAUGACAAAGGUCUUGCAUAUUUUGCUAAAGCACUCAAUAAUUUUAAAAAGAAGCUAGGUGGAAUGGUGUGCACCUUUUUAUUUUUUUAAAAGAUUUAUUUUAUAUAUAUGAGUAUACGUGUAGCUGUCUUCAGACACACCAAAGGAGGGCAUCAGAUCUCAUUACGGAUGACUGUAAGCCACCAUGUGGUUCCUAGAACUUGAACUCAGGACUUUUGGAAGGGCAGUCAGUGCUCUUAACCGCUGAACCAUCAUCUCCAGCCCAAAUGGUGCACACCUUUAAUCCCAGCAUUAGGAGGAAGAGGCAAUUGGAUCUGUGAGCUAAAGCCAAUGGGUCUACAUAGUGAGCUCUAGGCCAGCCAGAGUUUAAUAGUAAGAUCUUGUUCCAAAUAAUAACAUUUCAACAAUAAAAAUGACCCAGAAAACAAGAUGAAUGACCACUAGCAUUUGAGUGCCCACUACACCAGGGACCUAUCUAUUUCAUAGCUGCCCCAGGACCAGAUCGUCAAUAAAGGUUUAUUAAAGGGGUGAAUGACUCUUUAAUCUUUAAUCUGAAGAAAUAGAGUCUCAGGUCAAGUGAUUAAUUUCUGGUCACACUGUAAGGCAGAGCUUGGGCUCCUACACAGGUUGCUUACUUUGAUUCAUAUUUAUUAUAGAUUAAUAAGUCACCCAUAAAUUUAAUGGCUUUAAGGCCACAAUAUUUUUCACAAUUCUGUGAAUAGACAGAGUACACACAGGGCUCUUCUUGUCAUGACUACGGUUUCAUGCAGCUGCAAUCAGAGACAGUGGCAAGAGGUAGAACACAUGUCUACUCUCUGUUGGAAUAGUUGGAAUAAGGGAUAGUUGGAAGGCUUGACCUCUAACUGUCCCCAUGUAGUCUCCAUGGGACUCAUCAGGCUUCACUUCUUAUGAGGCAACUCAAAGUCAACAAGCAUGCACAAGGUUCAGAAAUGGCAGACUCAAUCUACCCGUGUCCGUUGGGCCAUAGGCCUGGUUGUCAGGAGGCAUGGAUCAUUAUUGGCCUUUCUGGAGAACAACUACCACAGGUGAUUGAUUAUAGGAUACCAACACCUUUAAUUUUCUUAUUACUUUGUUCACAAUGAGCAACCAUAAACAAAACAUGAAUUUCUGCUUUAGAAAUAUUCAGGAAGCAGGGCGAAGGAUAACUUGGAGACAAAACUCAACAAUUUUACAAAAGUCUACUUUGGUAGGAAAGGUCUGUCUGAACGUAGGCAAGAGCAAUUAAUUUAUCAAAGAAGCCUAGGGAAGGGAAGAAAUGGUGUCUGAUAUCACAAUCUACAGAUCCCACUAGGUUCAGAACUAUAAAUAUUGGAGGACUUUCUUUUUUUUUUUGAAACAGGGUCUUACCAUGUAACCUUGAUUAGCCUGGAGCUAUCGAUAUAUACCAAACUAGCCUUGAAUUCACAGAUGUCUGCCUCCAAAGUGCUGUGAUUAAAGGUGCGUGUCACCAUUCAACUCCUGGGGUGACAUUUUAAUGAAGUGGUGGAGGUGAGGAAGCCAAAGGAACAUCUUGUUUUGCUUGUUUGUUUGUGCUGUGUCGCCUCAUCUAAUCACAAGCAUUUAUAGCUUACUUUUCUUGAAACAGAGUUUCACUGGGUAACCUUAUCUGCCUUGGAAUUUGCUAUGUAGCCAGGCCUGUCUCUGCCUCCCAAAUACCAGAAUUAAAGGUGCGUUCCACCAUGUCCUGCCAAGCGCUUGUAGCUUCCUAGUUGCAAUACAUACACAUUUCUUUACUAUCCAAGUCCACUUUAUUAUCCAAGCCAGCUCCAUUACAGGCAAUGUACAGCCAACUUACUCCAUUAUAGAGAAAGUACAGCCGACUUACUCCAUGAUAGACAAUGUACAGCCGACUUACUCCAUGAUUCUUUUUUCUCGCAUAAGGCAUAGACUAUUUAAGAGAGACUAUUCAAGUUUGGGAUUUAUUUUCUCUCUCUAUUAGAUAUUUUCUGAAUUUACAUUUCAAAUGCUAUCCCCAAAGCCCCCAAUACCCUCCCUCCGCCCUGCUCCCCAACCCAAUCACUCCCGCUUCCUGGCCCUGGCAUUCCCCUGUACUGGGGCAUAUGAUCUUAGCAAUACCAAGGGCCUCUCCUCCCAUUGAUGGCCGACUAGGCCAUCAAGUUUGGGAUUUAUAAUCCUAACACUAAAGUAAAGUGUCUUUUUAUUUUCUUUUUUAAAGCAAAGGUGAUUUUAAAUUAUCCACCUUGGUGUGCCUAAAACUGGCACUGAAAAAAACAGGAACGCAGCUCCUUGGAAGAAUUCUGGGCCUACGCGGCCAUGAGCAACCACGUGGUGCCGAGCAGCGCUGGGUUCUAUGAAUCAGGGAAAGGAACAGAACUAGGAAGAGGUAAACCGCUCUUGUCUAUGCCUCAGCCCGCACCAACAAUUUUGUUAACAACAAAAUGUAAAAGGAAGAGGCAGGCAGCAAGAAGACGCCAUUUCUGCAGGGUCUGAGGCCGGGUCCCACGAGGACCCGGAAUAUCUGGGCAGCGGGAAACCUGCGAGGCUUAUCAGGAAGCCUCAUGUCCCCUCACCGAGUUCUGCCGCCCGGCACACGGGUGACAAAAGCACGAGGAACGAAGAAGGGUGGUCUCCAGGCCACUCUGCGGCCUGCCGGCAGGAGCGACACCAUUCACUACAGACGCAGUACCGGCUCGCGCAGCCGCAGAGGCUGGGCUUGGCAGGCCCGCUCGCGCCCGUGGUAGUCCAACCCGCCCGACGGACGAUACCACACCCGCGAACCCCCUCCGAAGACCUGACAAUGGUUUCGUCCGCAGCCUCUGAUUGGUCAAACCGGAGAAGGUGUGGUCUCCGCAGUCUGGUUCCGCGCGCCAGAGCGCGCUAGCCGCAUUGCGAGCUGGGCACGGAGCAGGCGCCAUGGUUCUGCUGCACGUGCUGUUCGAGCAUGCGGUCGGCUACGCGCUGUUGGCGCUGAAGGAAGUGGAGGAGAUCAGCCUGCUGCUGCCGCAGGUGGAGGAAUGUGUGCUUAACCUUGGCAAAUUCCACAAUGUCGUUCGUCUGGUGGCCUUCUGUCCCUUCUCUUCAUCCCAGGUGGCCUUGGAAAAUGCCAAUGCUGUGUCUGAAGGUGUUGUUCACGAGGACCUCCGCCUGCUCCUGGAGACAUACCUGCCAUCUAAAAAGAAGAAAGUACUUCUGGGGGUUGGAGACCCCAAGAUUGGUGCUGCAAUACAGGAAGAGUUGGGGUACAACUGCCAGACUGGUGGUGUGAUAGCUGAGAUCCUUCGAGGAGUUCGUCUGCAUUUCCAUAAUCUGGUGAAGGGUCUGACAGAUCUUUCUGCUUGUAAGGCCCAGCUAGGGCUGGGACACAGCUACUCUCGUGCCAAAGUUAAAUUUAAUGUGAACCGAGUGGACAACAUGAUUAUUCAGUCCAUAAGCCUCCUGGACCAACUGGAUAAAGAUAUCAAUACCUUCUCGAUGCGCGUCAGGGAGUGGUAUGGGUACCACUUUCCAGAGCUGGUGAAGAUCGUCAAUGACAACGCCACAUACUGUCGCUUGGCUCAGUUCAUUGGGAACCGCAGGGAGCUGAAUGAAGAGAAGUUAGAGAAACUGGAAGAAAUUACGAUGGACGGGGCCAAGGCUAAGGCCAUCUUGGAUGCUUCUCGGUCCUCCAUGGGCAUGGACAUAUCUGCUAUCGACUUGAUAAACAUCGAGAGCUUCUCCAGUCGUGUGGUGUCUUUGUCAGAGUAUCGCCAGAGCCUACACACUUACCUUCGCUCCAAGAUGAGCCAAGUAGCCCCCAGCCUGUCAGCCUUAAUUGGGGAAGCGGUAGGUGCACGCCUCAUUGCUCAUGCUGGCAGCCUCACCAACCUGGCCAAGUAUCCAGCGUCCACAGUACAGAUCCUUGGGGCUGAAAAGGCCCUGUUCAGAGCCCUGAAGACAAGGGGUAACACACCAAAAUAUGGACUCAUUUUUCAUUCCACCUUCAUUGGCCGAGCAGCUGCAAAGAACAAAGGCCGUAUCUCCCGAUACCUAGCAAACAAAUGCAGUAUUGCCUCAAGAAUUGAUUGCUUCUCUGAGGUCCCCACAAGUGUAUUUGGGGAAAAACUCCGAGAACAAGUUGAGGAACGGCUGUCUUUCUAUGAGACUGGAGAGAUCCCACGGAAGAACCUGGAUGUCAUGAAGGAAGCUGUGGUUCAGGCAGAGGAAGCGGCUGCUGAAAUCACCAGAAAGCUGGAAAAACAGGAGAAGAAGCGCUUGAAGAAGGAAAAGAAGCGACUGGCUGCACUGGCCCUGGCCUCGUCAGAAAACAGCAGUACCCCAGAGGAGUGUGAGGGAGGAGAUAGGUGCUGAGAGAACUUGACAAGAGCCCAGAAUGCUGGUUGUAGCACAUGGCCCAUUCCAUGGGCAAGUGUGCUCUGUCCUCGGCUGCCUCCCAGGAGUCCUCAACGGGGGUAGUGUGAAUUCCUGCUCUCCCUGUUCUGUGUCUGGAGGUGAUAGUGUCUCAUGAUGGGGGGUGGGGGCAGGGAGGUCACCAAUGUGACAGUUUAGAAUUGUCCCUUAGGCUUUUUUUUAAAAUCUUGAGCUAUUAGUGAUUUUCAUUUCAGUGUUCCCUGGGAGCUCUGCAUGAUAUCCAUCGUGAGCAGCAUACAGGGGGUUUUCUCUAGGGUUUAAGAGGGCCAGGGAAAUUAUAAAAUGUGAGAGUAGGUAGAUCAUUAAGUCACCAGAAGUACUAGGUUUGCUCUUCUGCCUGGAUUCUAAUGGGAGCUGUGGCUGCUAACAAUUGUAAGCAAUGUCCCGUGUCUGAUUCCCCCUUCAGGAGGUAAAUGAAAAAUCUAAGAAGAAAAAGAAGUUAAAACCCCAGGAAAAUGGAAUGGAAGACCCACCUGUCUCUCUACCUAAAUCCAAGAAAAAGAAAGCUCCCAAGGAGGAGUUGGCCAGUGACCUUGAAGAGAUGGCCACUAGCAGUGCUAAGAGAAAGAAGUCCUCACCUAAGGAGGAAGUGGCCAGUGAACCAGAAGAGGCAGCAAGCCCCACCACCCCUAAGAAGAAAAGGAAAUUUUCUGAGGAGCCUGAAGUUGCUGCUAACUUCACAAAGAGCAGCACAAAGAAAAAGAAAAAGUCCCAGAAAGCACAGGAGGAUUAGAACGGACCUGCUUGGUGGGAGGGGCAUACCUUGUGGCAGCUCCUGCCCAUGAAUGAUAAAACCCCAAUAAAAACACAAAACCAGA